GAGAGGGGAAUCGGGAAAGGAGGGAGGAGGAGGAGGGCCGAGCGGCGCGCCGCGCCCCUGCCCCAGACCGGCCAGGAUGCCGGCGCCGCGGGGCGCCGAGGAGGAGACGGAGGCCGCGGACCGGCCGGAGGACCCGGCGGGCUACAUGGAAUGGGCCUUGGAGAAGGCGGGAGGCGGCGGCUUCUUUCAGUACAAGUACUUGGUCCUGAUGGGCCUCCCCUGGGUCUAUCUCGAGGGACAAGAGACGUAUGCGUGCCUCUUCUUUUUCGAGGGCAUGGACAUCAGCGUCCGCUGCCCCAGCGGCGCCACCAGGGGUGUCUGCGCAACGCUCGGCGAGGGCAUCUUCCCCGGG